AUGUCCAACGUCCGCGGCCGCCCCCACUACUACUCCUCCAAGAAGGAAGAGUACGCGAUCAUCAAGUUCUCUCUCGACGCCGACCUCUCCACACUCUUCACCUGGAACACGAAGCAGCUGUUCGUGUACGUGACGGCCGAGUGGCCGUCAGCCGGCGGGUCCGGGUCCGGACAGAACGCGACCAACCAGGCCGUUAUCUGGGACAGCAUCAUCACGGCACCGAGCGCCGACCACCUCGCAAACCUGGGGCCGGUGGGCAUGAAGAAGCUGAAGCGCAGCGCCGAGGGCAAGAGCAUCGAUCCGAGCCGCGGGAAACUCACCCUCAAGAACCAGCGCCCCAAGUACCAGAUCACGCAUCCCUCCGGUAAGCUCGCCGAGCAGGACGACGUGGUGCUGAGGUUGCACUAUAACGUGCAGCCGUGGGUGGGCCUCCUGACGUGGAAUCAGGACGUCAAUAUCUGGAAGUGGGAGACGCUGAAGAACAACCUCAGCAAGAAUUUUUCGUUGCCAGCGAUCAAGAAGAAGAAGGAGGAGAAGAAGGCGGGCGCGGCGAGGUAG